AUGGCGGCGGCGAUCGCGGCCUCGCGCUCGGUCGUCAUGAGCGGGAACCGGCCGCUGGACGAGCGCGAGCGGCAGCGCCUGUCGUACCUGGCCUCGCUGAGCCCCAUGGCGCGCAAGAUCCUGCAGGACAAGGAGCGCGUCCGCCAGCGCUACGGGCCCGAGUGGGCGCGGCUGCCGCCCGCGCAGCAGGACGCGAUCAUCGACCGCUGCCUGGUGGGCCCGCCGCCCGGGGCCCCCGCGCCGCCCGGCCCGCGCGCGCCGCCCGGCCAGAAGCUGGUGCGCUUCGGCGACGAGGACAUAACGUGGCAGGACGAGCACUCGGCCCCCUUCUCCUGGGAGACUCGGAGCCAGAUGGAGUUCAGCAUCUCCUCCUUGUCCAUCCAGGAGCCCGGGGGGGAGCCCCGCCUGCAGGCCCCCCGGCCGGCCCCGGGGGGCAAGUCCUGCGGCCCGGACGAGGGGGCCGCCUUCUGGAAGAUCAACGCCGAGCGGGCCCGCGGAGAGGGCCCCGAGGCCGAGUUCCCCUCGCUCACCCCGAGCCAGAUCAAGUCCAUGGAGAAGGGCGAGAAGGUGCUGCCCGCCGGCUGCAGGCCGGAGUCCGCCCCGAGGGACCGGGAGGCCCCGGCCGCGCGGCCCGGCCUCCAGCCCCCGGGGCCCGUCCAGGCCGGCUGCACCGGGGCGUCCGGGGAGGGCGCCCCCUCGGAGCCCGUGGCCAAGCCGCUGGCCCCCGAGGCCGGCCCGAUGGACGGGGAGACGGCGACCGAGGAGCUGUUCCCCGAACCCGGCGCUGCCCAGGUCAGCGGCAGCAAUGUCAUCCUGAAGACCGGGUUCGACUUCCUGGACAACUGGUAA